AUGCCAAAGGGCGACUGGAGCUUUGCCCGACAGACUCGGAUGUUCAAUUCACUGAAAGAUGGCAAGAGUGUCGCCGAGGUUGCCAAGAUUAUCAAGAUGGAACCCUUUCUCGUCGAACGACAGAUCCGUUGGUUGUUAUUGAUCAAACUGUGCGACGAAAUAUGCCCAUUCUACUCCUCUCAAUCCAGACCCUGGACAUCGACCGAGGAAGACACCCUCCUGAAAUAUGCCCGAUCGCCCGUGAAGCUUGACUUCAUCGCCAAGAAGCCCAAUCGCGAACUAUGGGAUAUCAGGCUGCAGUUCAUCCGCAUAAAGCUUGCCGAUUUCGGCCCCAACGACCGCGGAGUUCAAUACCGCGCAAUCCCAGAUAUUCAGUUCGACCCUCGGCCCUACCACGAACUCUACGAGAAACUGCUCGAGAACUCGGUAUCGUUCAUCAAGGCGCCGAAGCUGCAGGGUGCAACUAUAUCCUUGACUUGGACGAGUUUUGUUCUGGUCAUGUCACAGGUUGGCAACUUCAACGUCUCGACGAUUGCCAAAAAGUGCAAUACCGCACCAUACAACUUCAAGAAACGUCUCCGAGAAUUUCAGGACGCCUUACCUUGCGUUCGAGACCUACAACCAGCCGAUAACAACGAGACCGACUCCAAAUCGACAGAGCAUGACGAGCAGAACGCGAUGCCCAUCAAUGAGAAAGAAGGCGAAAAUUCUCCUAAGAUGGUCAUGAGCUGCAAGAGGCCGCACAUGGAGGAAGUCCCCUCGGAGAACGACGCAAAGCGGCAAAAGACGGAUCACGAGGAUAUGGGCGAGCCUUGCUUCGAUUGCGGCAAACACGGACACCAUUAA